UAUUUUUGGAUCUCAAAAGGACUACUUUUAGCGUAUGAAAAAUAAAUAUGGCGCUGCCCAUCACAUUGCGUGGGUCGGCAGGUAUAUGGAUGAUCAAUGGACCGCCAAACAUUGACAAGCCUCAUGACUAUCCCAGGGAAACAAGUAGCCGAUGUAAGGUGAUGGUGUUCAGCAAAGAUGGGGCAAUGCUGGCAUGGAGCAAUGGUGACUGCGUACAAAUAUUUGACGUGGCAGCCAACAAGGUAUUGAAGGAGAUUGAUCGACCCAGAGCAUCCCUGAUGACAUUUUCACCGAAAGGCACUUACUUGGUUAUUUGGGAACUUUACACAGUGGACAAGGCUACUCAGAAUGGCCUGCCCAACCUCAGCAUUUACGAUGUGGCCAGUGGACAGUGCCUUAAAACUCUCAUACAGAAGAAAGUCACACACUGGAAUCCAUUGUUUUCAGAUGAUGAAAAGAUAUGCUGUAGAAAUGUCAACAAUGAGCUUCAUUUCUAUGAAGAUGGAAAGUUUGAUGAAAUCAAGACAAAGCUUCACCUUCAGAAGGUGACAGGCUACAGCCUCUCUGGAGCUGGACCACCGUACAUGGUGGCAGGAUAUGUGCCUGGGGGAAAGGGUCAGCCAUGCUUUGUGAGGGUUUACAAAUACCCAAACUUUGGGGGCCCCAAUGCGGCAGUGGCCAACCGGACAUUUUUCAAGGCAGACAAAGUUGAGAUGCUGUGGAACAAGGCGGGCACAGCCAUGUUGCUACUGACGACCACGGACACCUCAGAGUCCAGUUACUAUGGCGACCAAGGCCUUCACUACCUCGGAAGUAACGGUGAGAGCAGCCUUGUGCAUCUUGGGAAGAACGGGCCGGUAUACCACAUCGAGUGGAGCCCAAAGAGCACUGAGUUCUGUGUCGUGUAUGGAUUUAUGCCAGCAAAAGCCACCAUAUACAAUAUGAAGACAGAACCUGUAUUUGACUUUGGCACAGGGCCAAGGAACUUUGGCUUCUACAAUCCUCAAGGAAGCAUUCUUUGCCUGUGCGGCUUCGGGAAUCUCCGUGGAAACAUGGAAUUCUGGGACGUGAAACAGAAGAAGCUGAUUUGCCAGACGCAGUCGCAGGACACCACCAGCUUUCAGUGGUGCGCAGACGGUGAGCACAUACUGACUGCCACCACAGCGCCGCGGUUAAGGGUUGGCAACGGGUACCGUAUCUGGCACUACACUGGGGCCAUGUUGGAGGAGAAACAUGUCGGCAAGGGGGAGGAACUCUGGGAGGCCUUUUGGUGCCCGGCACCCUUGGAACGGUUCCCGGAGAAACCCAUAAGCUACCGUCAGGUGCCCUCUGAGAAACCUGCACCACCCCCAGUGUCAACACAGCAAACGUAUGUCCCUCCAUCCAUGCGAGGAAAGACAAACUUGCCUUCCACCAAACUGCACGAGUAUGAACCACCGUCCAAUCAGAAAAAACAAGAUCCCAGUAUGCCAGUGAGCAAAAACAAGAAGAAGAAGGAAGCAAAGAAAAACAGAGAAGCUGAGAAAGCGGCUAGUGGUGGCAAUGAAGCUGCCUCCAUGGUAACGAGUGCAGCCAGUGCUCCCAGUGUCCCAAUGCCUUCCACGGGUGACCCAGAAAAAGACAAGAAGAUUCGUAAUCUCAUGAAGAAACUGCAGGCCAUAGAAGUGCUGAAGGAACAGCAGAAGACAGGCAAGCAGUUGGAACUCAACCAGUUAACAAAGAUGAAGACUGAAGACGCCUUGCUGGCUGAACUGAAGGCACUGGAGAUUAGCUGAGACUAGAGGGAUUUAGUUUCCAUGCCAAAAUAUUGAAAAGUGCUAAAUGUUAUAACAUACAUGUAAAGUCUUUUGUUGGUUACAUGUAAAGUGCUGUGCAAUGUGUGGCCUUUUUUAUAGCAUUAACAGCUUUUAUUUGGUUAAUGAUUUGUGUUCAAAUUGUAUUGACAGUGUUUUUUUGUGCAAACAAAUACUUUAAAAUUGAGAAUAAAAAUUAUUUCAAUAUUAUGUUUACCUAGGUUAAACUUAACAACUGGAUUACAAAAUUAACUUUAUGUUGAAUUUUUUGUUUAAUUAUUUUAUUUUUGGAAAGAUUAAUUGGGAAUUUCUAGCAGUAAUUAGGAAAAAUACAUACUUUUUGAGAUUGGUGAUGAGGCCUAAUUUGGACCAAAAAACAACGCUGGUUGAUUAUAUGCUUUAGACUACUGGUAGGUAGGAAAACUCUCCAAUAUUUAAAACUCUAAAAAAAAAUAGCGUUUUUCAACGUACAUUGUGUGUGUUUAUUAGAUAAAAACUAAUACCUUCUUUUGAUUGCAAUAUUUUAUAAAGCAUACAUGUAUUUGUUCUCCUUUAAAAUUCUUCAUAAAAUAAUUGUUACAUAUAUUUAAAUUGAUAAAUUACUGGUAAUACACAGGUAACACAUUUCUGUCAGUCUGGUAGCAUACAUCAACUUUAUGUAUUCAUGCUUAGCUUUUGUUUACCCAGUUUUAGGAUAAAUGUUCAGAGGAUGUUAGCAAGGGAUAAAUGUGUACCAAAAUCAGGUUAUUUGUGCAUUGAAAAAGGUCUGUGAUCAUUCAAUAAACUACAUGUUGAA